ACGCUGAUCAUUGAUAAGCUAUCUGAAUAGAGUCAUCGCAUGUGGACUCUUUGCUUUAUCUAUUCUUGUUCACCUGCCAUUGAUCUCGACUGAGGUCACACACACACACUUACUCUACUCGAGCAAUCUUCCUACAAAAAUCAUCUCACCCACUCAUUAUCCACCCAUCCGGAAUCUUCAAACAAACCUCCCACAAACAAACCAAAUACACCACCACCACCACCCACAAACAGCGCCAUACACAACAAACCCACCAUGUCCGCGUCAACACCAACCCCCCAUUCCUCCGAACCACAACCCCAAAGCCAACCGCCACAAGAACAACAACAACCCCAACAACAAGAAGACCCAGACCCCCUCCCCGCUCACCUAAACCCAUCCACCUACCCCCGCACAACGCACAACCCCACCCUAAACACACACAUCACGCUCACCUACGACCCGCUCGACGCCACCGCCGCCCUGCAGCUGGUCUCCUCGCCGCAAGCCGGCGCCAAUGUCCUCUUCCUCGGCACCACGCGGGACACCUUCGGGGCGCGCGCCGUCGCGCAGCUCAGCUACACAGCGUACCCGCCGCUCGCGCUGAAGACGCUCUCCCAGAUCGCCGAGGCGGCGGUGCACGCCCACUGCCUGCUGGGGGUGGCGAUCGCGCACCGGCUGGGCGACGUGCCCAUCGGGGAGAGCAGCAUCGCCAUCGCGGUGAGCGCGGGCCACCGCGGCGCGGCGUGGCGGGCCGGCGAGGAGGUGCUGGAGCGGUGCAAGGAGCGGACUGAGAUCUGGAAGCGCGAGGUGUUUGUCGAUGGGGGCGGGGAGUGGCGCGAGAAUCGGGAGAGGGAUCGCGAGGGGGCGUUGGUGGGGUAGUUCCCUUGGGGUUUAUCCGGGAGAAGGAGGAUUUGCAUAGCUGGGUUUGGAGGGGGUAAGUUUUAAGGGCGUUGGAGGGGUGUAUAUACUUGAACUGGGUGCGGGAGGAUUGUCCAUGUGUAACUCUAGAUAUUCAUGGCGAGUUAUUG